GUGCGCGUAGCACCUUGCACAAUGGUACGUGUUUGUUUACAUUCUUAUUUAGUUAAAAAAAGCCACAAAACACUCGACUUAUGAAGGUGAAAUAGAAAUGAAAAAUUUUCUAAUAAAUCUUGACGAUGGAAUCGAUCGCUCUUUUGUCUCACGCUCAUUGAGAGGUAAAUUAAAGAGCACAUCCCAAAUUACCCAACCCAUCCAACCCAGCUGUCAAACUCAAGGGCACACACAUAUGCAUUCCUUCGCUCGCGGAAUCGCCAGCUCCUGUGAAUCAUAACAAAACAAAUGCAAACACAAUAAGCUGGCUGUGAAAAGAAGCGAAGACGGUGUAGAGCGCGUUUCACAAGUUUUUCAUUAUUAAUUAGUUACUUAUUUAAAGCUUCUGUUAAAAUCCUUAUUUAUUCCGUGCACACGCGUGUGUUUGUUGUGAGCUGGCGUGAGCCGUUUUUCCGUUAUUCCGUCGUGCCCAUCGCAAUAACUUACUAUGGGUCUGUUUGGCAAAUCACAGGACCGUAACCCGAAAGAUAUGGUCCAGGAAUGGACGUCCAAGCUGCGCAAAGAAUCGUUCGCGCUCGACCGACAGAUACGGUCCAUCCAGCGGGAGGAGGACAAAAUUAAACGGUCACUCAAAGAGGCGGCCAAAAAGAACGACAAGGAGGUGUGCACCAUCCUCGCGAAAGAGCUCAUCCGGUCGCGGAAAGCGGUCAACAAGAUCUACACCAGCAAAGCGCACAUCAACUCGGUGCAGCUGCAGAUGAAGAACCAGCUGGCAACGGUGCGGGUGGCCGGUUCGCUCGCCAAAUCGACCGAGGUGAUGCAGGCGAUGCAGGCGCUCGUGAAGCUGCCGGAGGUGGCCGGUACGAUGCGCGAGCUGUCCAAGGAGAUGAUGAAGGCCGGCAUCAUCGAGGAGAUGAUCGACGAAACGAUGGAGUCGUUCGAGGACGUCGAGGAGAUGGAGGAGGAAGCGCAAAAGGAGGUCGAACAUGUGCUGUGGGAGGUAACGGCGGGCAAGCUCGGGGAGGCACCGGCCGCACCGAUCGCCACCCCAUCGACAGAGGGACCGUCGACGUCGCGCGCCGAAGAGCAGGAGGAGGAGGACGAGGAGGACGAUAUGAAGGAGAUGCAGAACCGGCUGCAGGCACUGCGGUCGUGAACCUCCUGCUCUGCUCGCUCCCACUCCCCAUACUCCCAGGUGCUUAGCAUACCCUCACACCAACACCACUUAACAACCGUGCACGUCAGUCACGAUUCGUCCCCCGUUCAUUUUCCCUCCCACACACGCAAAAGAUGAAAGCGUUAAAGUAUAAAACAGUGCAUCCUGCAAGGAAUUUCUUCCCAGAUUAUGAAUGUUAAUAAACUAAAGCAUAACUUAACUUA